GGCCCGAAGCCCCGCCUCCUGCCCUGCGCGCUGCUGGACCGCCGGGCGCGCCCAAGUACGGGGGGCGCCGAGCGCGCAGUGCGGACCCUCGCGGGUACCUGCGCAGCCGCCACCAUGUCUCAGGAAGGUGUGGAGCUGGAGAAGAGUGUCAGGCGCCUCCGGGAGAAGUUUCAUGGGAAGGUCUCCUCCAAGAAGGCGGGGACUCUGAUGAGGAAAUUUGGCAGCGACCACACGGGAGUGGGCCGCUCCAUCGUGUAUGGGGUAAAGCAGAAAGACGGACAGGAACUGAGUAAUGACCUGGAUGCCCAGGACCCACCAGAGGACAUGAAGCAGGACCAGGACAUCCAGGCAGUGGCAACCUCCCUCCUGCCGCUGACGGAAGCCAACCUGCGCAUGUUCCAACGUGCCCAGGAAGACCUCAUCCCCGCUGUGGACCGGCAGUUCGCCUGCUCCUCCUGUGACCAUGUCUGGUGGCGCCGCGUGCCUCAGCGGAAGGAGGUGUCGCGGUGUAGGAAAUGCCGGAAGCGCUAUGAGCCAGUGCCAAGUGACAAGAUGUGGGGCGUGGCUGAGUUCCACUGUCCAAAGUGCCGGCACAACUUUCGGGGCUGGGCACAGAUGGGGUCUCGGUCCCCUUGCUAUGGCUGUGGCUUUCCCGUGUAUCCGACACGGAUCCUCCCUCCGCGCUGGGACCGGGACACGGGGCACCGCAGCACCCACACCCACUCCUGCUCAGCUGCUGACUGCUACAACCGGCGAGAGCCCCACGUGCCUGGGACAUCCUGUGCACACCCCAAGAGCCGGAAGCAAAACCACCUGCCCAAAGUCCUGCACCCCAGCAACCCCCACAUCAGCAGUGGCUCCACUGUGGCUACCUGCCUGAGCCAGGGGGGCCUCCUAGAACACCUGGACAACCUCAUCCUGGAGGACCUGAAGGAAGAAGAGGAGGAAGAAGAAGAGGAGGAGGAGGGCGGGCACGGGGAGUGACCCCUGCCAGGUGCAGAUGCAAACCAGACACAGUGUGUAGAUAUUUUGUGUUGUUAUAAAAUAUGAGCUCAAACUGAGAUCUACGUGCCCUUGGGGAGCCACCUGGGUCGGAGAUGUUGGCAGAGGGAUUCCUGGGUCCUGGGGAGCAGAUCCAAUGGGAAGGUCUGUGCAACAUGGCUCACACUGAACCAUGAAGGAGGUGUGGCCAGGACAACGUGGGCUCCUGCUGACAGCCAUCCCCUGCAACCUGGGGGUCAGAUGGACAGAUGAUCACAGCCUCAGGGGCCGGAUCAGCAUGGCAGCCUUCUUGAGAGAGUAAGCCCCGCCACGAAACUCAGCCCAAUAGACACCAUCCUGGUAGCGGUUGCGGUAGUGUCCACCACGGUGCCACACACCAUUGAGGUUGGAGUGCGCACAGGCAUGGUACCACCAGCCUCCCCGAUGGUACAGGGCACAGUUACCUGAGGGGAGAGAGAGUCCAUGUCCUCUUACCAGAAUAAAAGCAUCUACCAGUACCUCACUAGUGCAAGGCUUUAGCCAGGCAUCCCCUGGCCCUCCACUUCUUCAAAGUAAUGGCCUUAAUUCUUAACUCCUUCCCUAUCCCCUUACCAAAGUAAAAGUCACACUUUUCCCACCCUUUCUGCAACCCAUGAUCUCUACCUCUCAUUCUUUUACAGGGUGUGGGGGUGGAAUAUUUACUUCCUUUCUAGAAUAGAGUCCUAGCUCUCAUAGAGUCCCCCAUACUCCCUACCAGAAGAAGAAUCCUGACUUAAUGCCUCAUUAGAGAAUGAAUCUGAGCUCCCCAGCCCCUCACCAGAAUAAAAGUCCUAUCUGUUCUGUAUUCCCUGAUCCUUACCAGA